GUGUGCACUACAAAUGCCUCCCAGUGUUAUUGAGGAGGUGGAUACUCGUGUAGCCCCAGCAGUGCCACCUGUCAGUGCCCAUCAAUGCCAGCUGUCUGUGCUCAGCAAUGCCACCUGCCAGUGCACAUCAGCGCCACAUCAAUGCCAGAUAUCAGUGCCUACCAGUGCACGUCAGUGCCACAUAUCAGUGCCUAUCUGAGCUGCCUUUCAGUGUCACCUAUCAGUGCCAGUCAGUGCCACAUAUCAGUGCCGCCUAUCAGUGCUGCCUAUCUUUGCCACCUAACAGUGCCAGUCAGU